GUGGCCAGCCCUCUGCUGAGUCUGGUACCCUCCUGGUCCCCAGGUCUGGAGGGACCCCGGUGCCCGAGACCACCUCCCACGGCUCCGCAUGGACAUCCUGUCAUGAAGGGAGGAACCAGCUGAAUGCGCGGAAGCCCGUCGGGGCCCCGGGAUUUUGGCAGAAGACAGUUCCUCACCUCCCCUCAGGACUUCUCGGAGACUGCUCUGCCAUGACCACGGCGCGGUACCGGCCCACGUGGGACCUGGCCCUCGACCCGCUGGUGUCGUGCAAGCUGUGUCUCGGGGAGUAUCCAGUGGAGCAGAUGACGACCAUCGCCCAGUGCCAGUGCAUCUUCUGCACUCUGUGCCUGAAACAGUACGUCGAGCUCUUGAUCAAGGAAGGACUAGAAACGGCAAUCAGCUGCCCCGAUGCCGCCUGCCCUAAACAGGGCCGCCUGCGGGAGGACGAGAUUGAGUGCAUGGUUGCCGCCGAAAUUAUGCAAAGAUACAAAAAGCUGCAGUUUGAAAGAGAAGUGCUCCUGGACCCCUGUCGGACUUGGUGCCCGGCGUCCACCUGCCAGGCUGUGUGCCAGCUCCAGGACAUGGGCCUGCAGAGCCCACAGCUGGUGCAGUGCAAAGCCUGUGCCAUGGAAUUCUGCUCUGCCUGCAAAGCCAGCUGGCACCCUGGACAAGGCUGCCCAGAGACCAUGCCAAUCACCUUCCUUCCAGGAGAGACCAGCUCUGCUUUCAAACUGGAGGAGGACGACGCACCCAUCAAACGCUGCCCCAAGUGCAAGGUCUACAUCGAGCGGGACGAGGGGUGCGCCCAGAUGAUGUGUAAGAACUGCAAACACGCCUUCUGCUGGUACUGCCUCGAGUCUCUGGACGAUGAUUUCCUCCUGAUCCAUUACGAUAAAGGACCCUGCCGGAAUAAGCUGGGCCAUUCCAGGGCGUCUGUCAUCUGGCAUCGGACACAGGUCGUGGGCAUUUUUGCUGGAUUUGGGCUCCUGCUCUUGGUGGCCUCGCCUUUCCUGCUCUUGGCCACUCCAUUUGUACUUUGCUGCAAGUGCAAGUGCAGUAAAGGUGACGACGACCCAUUACCCACCUAGAGGAAGGCGCGAUGCUGGAACAAGACCCUGCCUCUGGGAAGCGUGGCUCUCCCCCACCCCGCCCCACCGUCCCCUCUCACUAAACAUCUUUCUUGCCUUAUGUGCCCCAUUGAGCUUCACAGUGUCACGCUGGAUGCCGUGAUUUCAGGGACUAAUGUCAGAACUUCUGCUGAGGCCCUGGGGGCAAUCACCCAGGUGUGGGGAAGGCAGGCUGGCGUGGGGAGGGCACGUCACCACAAUCCGUCUCUGCCGACUUGACAAGGGAGGUGCGGCACGGAGCGUACCGGGCGGUUUUCUCCCAGUGGGGAUAGACUAGGAGUGUCUGAUGGUUGCUUAAGAGACCCUCUCCUGCAAUUGGUGUCCGUCUCCUCCUCGGCGUCAAGAUGGUGCCAUGUUGCUGGGAGAAGAAUUCUUUUGAGGAUUGCAACUCACUUCAGACAGAAUCCGAUAAUUCUGACUUGAGAAAAGCACUCUGUUUAUGACAACUGUUUUUAUUACUAAUGGCAUUUAGUAAAAUCCUUUUUUAGAAGGCGUUCUUUUUUUUUUUGUUUGUUUUUUGUUUUUUGUUUUUCCUUCUUCCAACUGAGUAGUGGAAAAUCAACAAGGUGCAUCUACACCAUCCUAUGCCUUUCUGGAAAUGUGCAUUUUAGGAAGAUAUCGUUAAACGACUUUUCUGGCUCGGCCAAUUUUCAGGAGAUUUAGAAAGCCUUACGCGCUCUUUGUGUUUUUCUUGAAACUUGUAACGACGUUUCGAACACGACAAGUGGUAUACUGUUGUAAACGUGGGUUCCUCUGUUGUUGUUUUUCUUAGAAAAUACCAGUGUGUUUAAGAGGAGUAUCUUCAUCAUUACAUUUUCCUUUUUUGUUCUUGUUUUCUCUCUCUCUCCUCUCUCCCUCUCCCUCUUUCUCGGGGCUUCUUUCUUCUCAUGCAGGUAUGAGCAAAUACUUUUUAAUGUCUUUGGAAACCAAGGGCUUUACUCGGGACUCGCUCUGCUGGGAGUCACAGUGGUUUGGCCGCUCGCCUCCGCCUCCUCGUGUAGACAGCGGGAGGAGAGCAGUGCUAUUGGUCCUCACCAGUAGGGCUUCCUGGCAAGACUGGAGGACCCCUGGGAGCUGGGGGAGAAGCUUCCUGAUUUUCAAUUUUUUUAAAUGACUAAGUUACUUUGGAGAAAUCUGUGUCUGACACAGCUCCAAGCCCUGUUGCUAACCAUUUGCCCCACUGGAAAAAACCUUCCAUUUCACUUAUUUCGAUUAGGAGAUCUUACCAUUCAGCCCCUCCCGGACUGGGGGUGACUGUUCCCCCAGCAGCGGAAUGGGUGGGUCGGUAAGACGCACGCUGCAGCCGUCGAUGUUUAAAAGGCGGAGAAACCGUCUUCUUUAGAGAGAGCGGGCUUGAAUAGGACGUUCAAAGCCACCUGCACUUUUAAGGAACAAACUGACUGCAUUGAACUUGGGACUUCAGAACUAAUAGAAAGGCAAAUGCAGAUUUAUUAUAGUGGCGCUUUUUAAAACUUCCUAGACAUUCCACAAAGGAGGGAAAUGGAAACAAAAUCAGACCAGUUUGCUCAUUGCAAGCACAUUUGUAAAAUGCAGUGGUUUUCCGGGCGUGUUUGACUUCUAUGUUUGUGCGUUGGCCUCGGGUCCCGGUUUGCUUCCCUGUAUAGAAGCAUCUUCCUUAUUUCUUAACAUUUGAUAGAUGAGAAGACACAGUAUCCAUUCACCCUCCACUUGUAGUGUUUAUUAUCUUUAUGACCUGAAGCCGUUAGGAAACUAGUCCGUGUCAAAAUCACAUUCAGAACAUUCUCCUUACGACCACGGUUGAAUUUUUAAUUCAGUGACGAAACAAGAACGCACAGAAGAUCAUCUUUUCAGGGGAGCCUGGGCAGUGAUUCUCUGCAGCUCCAACUGUUGCAACAGGGUCUGGUGGUAGAUGGCUUUCUGGAGACAGUGGUGUUCCAGGAGUCCUAGGAUCGAGUUGGCGGCCGAGACCGGGACCCAUGGAUGCACUUGUGUAGCCAGACCCUUUCAAACGCCUAUCAAAGACAGCAGCAGGCUUGUGGCUCUGUUUCCAGUGUCCACGGGCCAGCCUCGCCCCAUCCUGGUCCACCUUUCUUUCCCGUGCCAGCUGCCUCCCACUGUGCGUUCUCCAAGUCCGCCCGUAGUAGCACCCCUCUCCAUGGGGGGUAGAACUGGACCCUUUGGAAAGGAGGCGUUCUCUGGGCUGGAGCUCAGAUGUCUUAGUGGAUCGGGCCUUCCGUGUAGCCUGGAGAAACCCACAAGCAAAUCACACUCCUCCAUAGCCUCAGCCAUCCUCGUGCCUUCCCCUCCAACACGUUUCCCAAACGCAUGUUUCAAGCCAGGAGGGGACCACAGAGAUGGGGCCGGCCGCAGCCAAAGUCACGCCUGCCUGCUCUGAGUCUUUGCACCAACCUUGCUUCCGUCCGCUUGCUUUGCUUUCAUAGUCACACAACUACACUCCUCCGUUCUUAGGAAGAUACCAGCAGGACUGCAUUGAGGUCUUACGUAAACUUGGAUUUCCCCUGCUGACUACUUCACUUUCGGUAGGGAACUCCAUCCCCAUCGUUCAUGGGGAUGCAGGCCCGUGUCUUAGAUUUUAACCUUACCAUCGCUCCCAGGGGAAACUUGGGCGGGGCGGGGGGGUGUCUAUGCUUCGUAGGGGGACUGUCCCAUGGCAGGGCUUGUCUUAGUUGAAAAUUGCAUUCGCUUUCACGGAUGGUUUCGUGCUGGCCUUCUGAAAGCACAUGCAUGUUUAUUCCUUUGGAGGCCUUGGAACCCUGGAGGGGAGCGAAGACGUUAGACCAUGGCUGACUCAACUGGUGUCUGGUUGGGGUCGCUGGAGGGGCAGCUGACCUUAGGUCCUCUGUGUCCCCCUGAGCCGUCAUGCUGUCUCAGUGGACGUGCCUGGUCUCUCGGUCCGGCUGUCCAUGCACUGUGAAGCCCGGCCCUUGAGCUUUGCAUUGGUCGCCAGAGGCCGGUGCCCUCAGAGGAGGAGGCCCCACGGAUGGUCAUGCAGCAGAGACUGGGUCCGGGUCUGACCAUAAUCAAAUCCUUCAAUUGCGCGAGCCGCCAUCCAGAUACGUUCUUCCUCCCCCUCCAGGAGUUGCCAGAGACUGGGGGAGUCACCUUGUUACACCCUUUAAAAGGGGGACAAAGUCUCUUUAUGACAUACUAUUUUAUAAAACCAGUUUAGGAACCAGGCCGAUUCCUGAUUAGAACACAGGGCCCACGGAGAAAGGGAGUCUCAGCUACGCAAAACUUACUCCAAGAUGAGUCUAUCUUUUUUGUCUAUAAUGCAGAGUUAAAAGUUAUUUAACCAGUUCGAAGAGGACAUUUUUCCCUUGGUGGUCUUUAAAACUUAGUGGGUUGGAAAGAACCAGGGAGGGCUUUUUGUAUAUUUCUCAGAUUUUCAUUUAUUAAUAAAUACCCCUGUAUAUAAAUAUAAAUAUAUAUAUGUAAAUCACAGUAAAAUCAUCAAGGGAAAACAUUUUGCAUGUAUAAAGCUUCAUGAAGGUCUCUUUAAAAAAAUACCAAAGCUUGUUUGUUCCUUCUAAUUACUCUAAGCCCUUUUGAAAAUACAUGACAUGAAGAGAUUCUGGCUGGUGUUGCCAAAAUAGCCAAAUGGAAGGAAGGGCCUGCACUCAGAUAUAGUUGCUAAAGCAUCAGUCCCAGGAGAGCUCCGUCCUUCCUCUGGUCUGUGUACUCCUGUCUUCCACACUUCGGGAGCCCUCGGCGAGGGCAAGGCGCCUGCCACACGCCCAGCCUUUCCUUCAUUCUUUGCUCACUUUACCAUGGGUGUAUUUUAAUCUUGUAUAAACCUAUGCAUGAACGGGUCACGCACAUGUAUACAGUACAUAUUUGACGAGCGGUGGUAAAACACAAAAGUUCGGUUUGUGUUUUUUGAAACGUCAGUCCACUCUGUGCCACUAACACUGUGAUGUAUAAAAGAACUGUUUGAAUGCCUUUUAAUGUUGUGUUUUGUACUUUGGAAUCCCAUGGAAAAGUUUGAUUUGUAAUUUCAAUACAUAUUUUAAAUGUA